CCCUGGGAGACGUGCAGGGAGAGUCCUGAGGCGACAGUAAUCGCAGGGGUCUCCGGUGACAGGGACCGCGGCAGCGGCCCCGCGGGCGGGAUGUUCCAGGGUUUGAGCAGUUGGUUGGGCCUGCAGCAGCCAGAGGCGGGCGGUGGGCAGUCUGCGGGACACAGGCAGCCUCCUGGAGACGUUCCACCCGAGCAGCGCUCCGACAUGGUGGUGGAGUCCGUGGCCGGCCAGCGGCAGCAAACGGGGGACCAGGAGCUCCUCCACCAGGCCAAAGGCCUCGGCAACUAUCUAUUUAACUUUGCAACUGCUGCCACCAAAAAGAUAACAGAAUCAGUUGCUGAAACAGCACAAACAAUAAAAAAAUCUGUGGAAGAAGGAAAAAUAGAUGACAUCAUUGAUAAGACAAUUAUAGGCGAUUUUCAUAAGGAACAGAAAAAAUUUGUGGAGGAGCAGCAUACAAAGAAGUCAGAUGCAGCUGUGCCCCCAUGGGUUGACAGUAGUGAUGAAGAAACCAUUCAACAACAGAUCUUGGCUUUAUCAGCUGACAAGAGGAAUUUCCUUCGUGACCCUCCAGCCGGUGUGCCAUUUAAUUUCGACUUUGAUCAGAUGUACCCCACUGCCCUGGUCAUGCUCCAGGAGGACGAGCUGCUGAGUAGGAUGAGAUUCGCCCUUGUUCCUAAACUCGUAAAGGAAGAGGUGUUCUGGAGGAACUACUUCUACCGGGUCUCCCUGAUUAAGCAGUCGGCCCAGCUCACUGCCCUGGCCGCCCAGCAGCAGGCGGCGGGAAAGGAAGAGAAGGGUGCUGGCAAGGAGGACAAUUUGCCACUGGCAGAGGCAGUACGGCCCAAAACGCCACCUGUCAUAAUCAAAUCUCAGCUUAAAACUCAAGAGUAUGAAGAAGAAAUUUCUACUAGCCCAGGUGUUUCUGAGUUUGUCAGUGAUGCCUUCGAUGCCUGUAACUUAAAUAAGGAAGAUCUGAGGAAAGAGAUGGAGCAACUAGUGCUUGACAAGAAGGAAGAGGAGACAGCCAUCCUCGAAGAGGAUGGCGCAGAUUGGGAAAAAGAGCUACAACAGGAACUUCAAGAAUACGAAGUGGUGACAGAAUCAGAGAAACGAGAUGAAAACUGGGAUAAGGAAAUAGAGCAAAUGCUUCAGGAGGAAAAUUAGCUGUUUCCUGAAAUAACAGAAUACUCCUUAACAUUCUGCAAACCGAUAUUAAAUUCUAGAUGUUGACAUUCACUGAAUCAGAAAGCACAAAAGGGUAUAACUUUAUGAAAUUCAAAAUAUUCUUUUUUUUUUUCUUGUCUGCAGAUGGCCAGUUAGGGGAUCCAAACCCUUGACCUUGGUGUUACAAGGCUGCGCAAAAUAUUUGUUUUUCAACUUGCCUCUUCUACUUUAAAAAAAGUAUAUAGAACACUUAUUCUAAUAGUCAAAAAGGGAUGUUUUAUGUAGCAUUUCUUUAAUAUAAAUCAAGUUAGAGGCAUUCUUGUAGGCAGUAUGGAUAUCUUUGCCACUGAAACACAAAUAUAAUUUUAGAGUUCUGUUUUCCAUGAAGUCAAAAUGUAAUUUAUUCUUUGUUUUCCUAAACAUUUUUACCCCUCAUUGCGUUUUCGUUGAUACACGGAUGUUAAAGUACUUACUUAAUGGGUUGAUUACUAUUAAAAUGACCAAAUUAUACCAAAGAACUUAAGAGGAAGCACUUUCAGAACUAUUUUAUUGCUAGGUAUUUUCUAAAAUUCCAUCUGAAAUCCAAGAGAUAAAAUAAGUAAGUUGAUUCUAAUGAUAUAAAUGUUACACAAUUUGACAUUAAGAAAUAUUGUGCAAAAAUAUUUGUUUUUGUCUGGGGCCUUUUCUCCUUCUUUCUUUUUUAAAACUAUACCCGAAAUUUCACAUCAUAGUUUUUGUAGAAAAUGCAGUUUUUCAUCCUUUUUGUAUUAAUGACCUUCAGAAGCCCUUUCACCUUAAAAUCUGUUCUUGUUUUAAUCGUUACUACGUAUAAAUGUUUUAGCUUUGUCUUAAUUAAACUGUUAGUCUUUAUAAAAUUGUGUUGUUCUGAGUAGAACUUCUGGAACGUUAUUGAUUAAUCCUACUUGUAUUCCACUCCACCAGCAGGCACAUGUUCAUAGAAUAUGAUUAUUUUAAAAGAACAGGGUGAUUUAAUGUCAGAAAACUUCCUAAGCAUUUGCUUCCUGAACCUGUCAUAUUUUUCAAGGAGCCUUUAUUUCAUAAAGGAGAAUAGAAUUAAGAUGUUUCUUUAUAAGGGAAAGGUACAUAUUUAUAUUCUUGGACCCAUAAAAAUUCAUCUGUGGUCCUCUGGCGAAGGUCUAAGGAUUACUCUUUCAGUCCUAGUGUGGGAUAUGCAUGUGUGAGUGAGUCAGACAGUCUCAGCUAGUGUCACUUGGGUUAUUGCAAUAAACCCGUGUAUUCUAUGAAACCGCUGACCCCAGAUUUCCACUUGUGGUGCCACAGUUGCUUAUUACUGAGUUUGGGUUCAGAGAUGACUGGCAACUUCUGAAAUAAUACUAUCGAAGGGAAAAGUUUUGUGGGUUUUUUUUUUAAAUAGAGUUUGUUGGAGGAAAAGAAACGUUAAAUGUUUUUAAGCAGCUAAAUUUCAGGACAUGACAGUGUUGUUAGUAUGUGCACUAAAAUUCUUAUUGAUUGGGCUGGCUGGGUAGCUCAGUUUUGGUUAGAACACAGCCUUAUAACCCCAAGGUCAUGUGUUUGGUUCCCCACACCGGCCAGCCACCAAAAAAAGAAAAAAAAUCUUAUGAAUGUUGAAUAAACUCCAAAAAAAAAAAAAGCAAAGGUUUCAGAGAAAGAAAAAAUAUCUAAAAUGAUAAUAUGAGGGGUCUUCAAGAAGUUCAUGGAAAGAUUUGUAUUAUCUUUUAGUUCUAUUUUGCCACAAACUUGUUGAGAUACCCUAGUAGAAGUAUGUUAGGAUUUACUAUUAGUUUUACAUGAUGCUGCAUUUAAAAACAACCUAAUUGUACACUGGCCUGUGAAAAUAAAAGGGUAAUAUAAGAUUUGUACAGACCAUAAGAAUGUAGCUAUUCUAUAUUCUUAGGGAUUCAUCAAGAAGUAAAUUAUACAGGUAAGUGUUAUUCCUUUAAAGAGCAAAAUAAUUUAUAACCAUGUUUGGUGGAAAAUUUCUAAGUAUUUAUUACACGCCUAGGGGUUAGCCAACAAGAUAUACUGAGCA